GUAACGGAUUUUGGUUUCACGGCGCUCAGUUAUAUUGCAUCAAAUGGCUCACUGGACUUACUGGACCUUAUUCUUCAAUUACCCAACUUAGAUCCAAACCGUUCGGAUAACGAAGGAAACACACCACUCCAUUUUGCUGCUCAAGCGGGACAAGUCGAAUGUUUGAACGUCUUACUUAGCCGCUGCAAGGGACUCGAAAUUGACGCGCGAAACAAUUUGGGCUUCACGCCGCUCAUGAAGGCCGCCCUUCAGGGCCGUAAUAAAUGUGCCAAAGUUCUGCUGUUCGCAGGAGCGAAUCCGACUUUGCGUGAUAGCGGAAGAGGAUUAAGGGCAGAUCAGUGGGCCAGAUUUUGCGGACGUUACGUGUGUGCGGACGUGAUCGAGAAACAUGCGAGGCAACGUCUUCUUGAAAGAUCAACUUCCUACGGGAAUUGGGGCAGCGAUAACGACAUCGGAGCCAGAGUGGUUCUUGGCAAAGUUGUUCCUGUUCCACAUAUCUCGCAACCAGAGCACGGUAUCAAAUCCAGAUUAAGGAAAGUGUUUCGAACGUCUUCCAAUCCAGGUUCAAACGUAGACCAUUCGUCAAGUGCGAGACUAAUUACUCAACUAACAACGGCGGCACUAUGUGCCAGUUCACCAAUACUCCCUUCGGCGCCCAGCGUCCCUCCCGUUGUCAAGUCGCUGAUACGUCCGCUCACCGUCCCACGUCUUCAAGUAACGCUAGCAAAUAACAACAAUGAUGAACACUUCACAACGAACGGAGUACAAAAAUCAGACAUUAUUUACGAGAACAAAGAGACCACCAUAAAGCAUUCAAAGAUCAAGAAAAAGAAAUAGCAUCAAUGCUACCUCUGUAGAUCGUGAAACAUUCGACUGCUUUUGUGAUAGAGUUGGUUUCCUUCUUUUUGUUCUCCUCUUCCAACUAAUACAUAUCUAUAACCAACAUUAUCCACUGGUAUUUACUUAAUAUGUAUAUAGUUUUACAUGUGUCCUAAUUCUCAAAAUUAGAAUGCGUGUUUAGCAUCUAGGAACGUUGUGCCGUUUAACCAAAUUACUAACAUUGUGAUUAUGAAACAUGGUGGAGCACUCCGAGAUCAAGUUUGACGUCCUCUCAGAAAUUUGAACUAGGAGUGGACAUCUCAAUGAUAUUGGACCACGUACAGUUAUCAUGAAAUUAAUGUAAAUAUAUACAUUUUUAGUAUUUUAUUUAUUGUCGUCAUUCAUUUUGUAUUUGUAAUUAUAACGAACUUGUAUUCGUAACGAAAUUUUCAAUAAAUAAUUUUGAAAUAA